UCUUACAAACCCUGUAAAUGAGGGCCAGGACUGAUCCCCACUGAAAUGCCCUCCCCAGCUGACUGCACUGCCCUACAUAAGGAUUGAGCCUUCCCUUCAAAACAGAGACUCAUCAUCUCCUGAAUAAGGAUUGAUUAAUUCCCCCAGCCUCCAAUAAGUAUAAAAUAUCUCCUGCACAGAGACUGGGAAAACCCAUCCCAAGAGUCAAUACUGGUUUUGUAAACAGGGUAGAGUUUCCAAGGAGAAAGAAAUAGUGAGCUGGGCUGGCCGUUGAACCAAACUGCAACAAAUUGCAGAGAAAGUUGCAGAAAUCAAAGACUUGGAGACAAUAUAAGCAGGCCAGAAGGAAUAACAGGACCCGAGGAAGAAUGUAAAACAUAAGAACAGCCAUACUAGGUCAGACCAAAGGGGACCUGGAGGUUUUUUAGAAGGAACUGAAAGCAGAGAUGAGAUCCAUUCGGUUUAAAUACAAAUUCUGCUGGAACAAAAAUUACAAAGGACUUGGACCAGUGUUCUCAAUGAGCUGUGUGCUUGUGCAGCCAUGUAGGAGAAAUUCCAGUAUCACCCAGCUGAUUAGCAAAGCAUCCACAGUUAGGUUUUGUGUUUCUGUUAGUGGUGUACAUUCACACAUGCAUUGAUGCACAUAAAAAUGUAUUCUGCACAUGAAUGGAAAAAAUUCACAUAUAGAAGGAAAGGAUUAGAGGGAAUAUUGAUGUGGACAGAUUUUGAAACCUGUAUACAGCAUGCCCAGUCAAGACUGGCAAACAGAAUAAAGGAGAUGAUGGACACUUGAUUACUGUGGACUAAAUACAUUUUCAGAAUAUGGGAAAUAAUCAGAAAAUUCUGACUAAUUUGGAACUUGUUAGAGUAAGGGAUGACCUGCAGGAAGGAAGUAAAGAGCUAGAAAAUUAGAUAGAGAAGAAAUUUCAGGUGUUGCAGAUGAUUGUGGAAGCCAGCUUCUGGGAUGAGGAAGCACACCAGCCAGAGCAUUUGGGCAAGACAGGAUAUUUACAAUUUUUUUACCCCAUUUGUAUACCACGGUAGCCCAGUUAGCAAGAAUCAAAUGGUCCCAGUUCAAGUAAUACAAAAGCCAAUACAAAAAAUACAAUAGUGACCACUGAGGGAAAAAAUUCUUGGGAGGCUUAUUUGGCUAACUUUAACAUUGUAUCUCAAAUGAUGGGGAGAUUAAAAGAGAGGUGCUUUUAAUAGCUAAUCAGAUCUGAUGAUGCUCCAGAAAAAUACUAAGUUACCAAGAGAUGUCAGAAGCAGUUUGGAGCCAGCCAUCCACAUAAUCUAACCAGGGCACAGCUAAGGACAAGGAGAAGAAAGGAACAAGAUAUGCAGUCUUAACUAGCAGAGGACCAGAUGAGAUGGUUGUCUGGCAAAUCCAGAUAUCAGCAGGGGAUAAAAUGGAAAUGGUCCAUUGAUGCUUAACUAGACGUGGUCUGACUAAUUAAGAUCACCAAAAAGAAACCAAGGACACUGUUUAAUGGUAUUUGUCAAAGCACUGAAAUCCUCCCAAGCAACAGCCAAGCAGAAAAGAAAGCAGUUGCCAGUUAGAAUGACUGAACCAGGCUGACAUCAGCCCUCAGACCAUGCCUUCCAUCAGCAGUGACCGGGCUGCCCUGUGCGCCGGCUGCGGGGGAAAGAUCUCCGACCGCUAUUACCUCCUGGCAGUGGAUAAGCAGUGGCACAUGCGCUGCCUGAAGUGCUGUGAAUGUAAACUCAACCUGGAGUCCGAGCUCACCUGCUUCAGCAAGGACGGCAGCAUCUACUGCAAGGAGGAUUACUACAGGCGGUUCUCGGUGCAGAGAUGUGCGAGGUGUCACCUGGGGAUCUCCGCCUCCGAAAUGGUCAUGAGGGCCAGGGAUUUGGUAUAUCACUUGAACUGCUUUACUUGCACCACUUGCAGCAAGAUGCUGACCACCGGCGACCACUUUGGCAUGAAGGACAAUCUGGUGUACUGCCGCCUCCACUUCGAGACUCUCAUCCAGGGGGAGUACCAGGUGCAUUUCAAUCACUCGGAUGUAGCGGCUGGGAAGGGCCCAGCACUGGCAGCGGGCUCUGCCAAUACUUUGGGACUGCCUUAUUACAACGGCGUGGGGACUGUCCAGAAGGGGAGACCCAGAAAAAGGAAGAGCCCAGGGCCUGGGGCAGAUCUGGCAGCUUACAAUGCAGCUUUAAGUUGCAAUGAAAAUGAUGGUGACCACCUGGACAGAGACCAGCAAUACCCCAGUAAUCAAAAAACAAAGCGCAUGAGGACAUCGUUCAAACACCACCAGUUGCGGACAAUGAAGUCUUAUUUUGCUAUUAACCACAAUCCUGAUGCCAAGGACUUGAAACAGCUAGCUCAGAAAACUGGCCUGACCAAAAGAGUUCUUCAGGUUUGGUUUCAAAAUGCCCGAGCCAAAUUCAGACGGAACCUCUUACGUCAAGAAAACACAGGAGUGGAUAAGACUUCAGAUUCCACACUCCAAGCAGGAACCCCAUCAGGACCCGCCUCAGAAAUAUCCAAUGCCUCCAUGAGUCCAUCUAGCACUCCCACUACUUUAACAGACUUGACUAACCCUACCAUGCCUACUGUGACAGCUGUCUUGACGUCAGUGCCCGGAAGUCUUGAGGUUCAUGAAUCUCGAAGUCCUUCACAGACAACUCUCACAAAUCUUUUCUGA